GAGUAAAAUGAAAACGAAGCGCACUUGUAGCGACGCGCUCGUGGUCGAGCACACGGCCAUUUUAAUCUCAUUCUCGAUUUGAUAGUGUCAUAGGGCGCAUCACGCUAAAGAAAUUGUCAUUUUAAAAAUUAAAGAUAAUAAAAUUGUAAGUGCCAUGCCAGGACGAGGUAAGCCUCCGGGGUCAUCGAAGAGUAAACGCUGGCAGGAUUCGCGAACCGCAUUAAUCCUGCGGACAUGUCCCUUCCAAUGACAAAUAUGCUCAACAAUGGAAAUGGAUCUACUUUUCAAAUGAAUCGAAAUGAUCGGCCAGAUGAUAUUCGCACUCGAGUAAUUGGAGAGAAUACGACUAAGGACGAUGCAACAGCUUUUGGAAAGGUUUUAGUUGGAUUAUCAUGGGUGUUAGUUGUUCUUACUAUGCCAUUUUCCCUUUUCGUUUGUUUUAAGGUUGUACAAGAAUAUGAAAGAGCUGUUAUCUUUCGACUUGGACGACUUUUGUCUGGAGGAGCAAAAGGCCCUGGUAUAUUCUUCAUUUUGCCCUGCAUCGAUGCUUAUGCAAGAGUGGAUCUUAGAACUCGAACUUACGAUGUCCCACCACAAGAGGUUCUAACCAAAGACAGUGUAACUGUUUCGGUGGAUGCUGUUGUUUACUAUAGAGUUCAUAAUGCGACAAUUUCGAUUGCUAAUGUUGAAAAUGCUCACCACAGUACAAGACUUCUUGCUCAAACUACUUUACGAAACACAAUGGGUACACGACCUCUUCAUGAAAUAUUGAGCGAACGGGAGACUCUUUCUGGAACCAUGCAGGCAUCAUUAGAUGAAGCCACUGAUACUUGGGGCAUUAAAGUCGAACGUGUUGAAAUUAAGGACGUUCGUCUCCCAGUUCAACUCCAGAGGGCUAUGGCUGCAGAAGCUGAAGCCGCACGAGAGGCCCGCGCUAAGGUCAUUGCCGCUGAGGGAGAACAGAAAGCUAGCAGAGCUCUCCGAGAAGCUUCAGAAGUUAUUGGAGAUUCUCCUGCAGCACUUCAACUUCGCUACCUUCAGACUUUAAACACAAUCUCAGCGGAGAAGAAUUCCACCAUCGUAUUCCCGUUGCCGAUCGAUAUGAUAACGUAUUUCAUGAAAGCCAAAGAAGCAAUGUCAGCUUAAAACACAAUUCGACAUU